CGUCACCCGGAAGCGGAAGCGCCAGUGAGAGUGAGCUGUCGCUCCGCAGCUCGUGUUUUGGUUCCGGAUGUCGAACUCAGCGGGUCCGGCCCGGUCCCGGUCCCGGUUCGGGCCGCGGGUCUCCAUGCUGCUGCUGGACCUGCUGCUGCUGCUGGCGGUUCUGACCCGUCCCGCCUCGGCGGGCUCGGAACCGGGGAAGUGGGUCGUGGACGUUGACAGCGAGAGCCUGAAGAAGCAGACGUUCUUCCUCUUCUCCAAGACUCUGUUCAACAACAGCUUAAUCUACCUGAAAGCUUCGGCGCAGAACUGCGACUCAGCGUCUCCGGCGCAGUUCAACGUCUCCUGGUAUCUGAGGAACUCGCACUGUUACAACGAGGUCUUCGAGUUGGACUCCAAACGCGCUGCGAGCUACUUCAGGUCCACUGAUGUCCGGGUGGAGGGAGGAAGCGGGUUCUACGUCUUCCACCAGUAUCCCGUCGUCACCUGCCAGGCCAACAUUAACCUGCACACGCAGGUCGGUGACCAGAAACGGAUCCGGCUGACAGAACCGCCGCCGCUUCAGCCAGUCACGGAGAAGAGUCCAGGGAGGAGGCGGAGGGCGGUGGAGCCUCCAAAACCAAAGCCUGUUGCAGCAGAAGAUGCUGUCGCUCCCAAAGAGAAUCCCUCCAGCCCAAACUUCAACGUGGUGGCCGAGAGCUGGGAGGACGGACCGUACAUGUUGAUCCUGCACAUCCAGGAGGUCAACAGGAACCGGGCCCCCGAACCCGCCGGGGCUGGCACCGCCCCGCCCUGGAGUCUGCAGCUCCAGGUCAGCAUGAAGGGACCGCACGACUACAUGUCGGCCUCCGAGUGGCCGCUGAUGCUGUUCUACAUGGUGAUGUGCAUCGUGUACGUGCUGCUGGCCGUGUUCUGGCUGGUUCUGUCCGCCUGCUACUGGAGGGACCUGCUGCGGAUCCAGUUCUGGAUCGGGGGCGUCAUCUUCCUGGGCAUGCUGGAGAAGGCCGUCUACUACGCCGAGUUCCAGAGCAUCCGCUACGACGGCCUGUCCGUCCAGGGGGCCGUGGUGUUCGCCGAGAGUCUCUCCGCCGUCAAGAGGACUCUGGCCCGGGUGCUCGUCAUCAUCGCCAGCCUGGGAUACGGCAUCGUCAAGCCUCGGCUCGGAGCGCUGCUGCACCGGGUGGUCGGCGUCGGCCUGUUCUACCUGGUCUUCUCCAUCGUCGAGGGAAUCCUGCGCGUCAACGCCGGCCGAGGAGACAACACCAGCAGCAGGUUCCUGUGUGACAUCGUUCUGGCCUUGACGGACUCCUGCGUGGUCUGGUGGAUCUUCGUGAGUCUGGCUCAGACGAUGAAGCUGCUGAAGCUGCGGAGGAACGUGGUGAAGCUCUCGCUCUACAGACACUUCACCAACACGCUCAUCUUCGCCGUCAUCGCCUCCAUCAUCUUCAUCAUCUGGACGGCCAAGACCUUCCGGAUGUCCAAGUGUCAGUCGGACUGGAGGGAGCUGUGGAUAGACGACGCCUUCUGGCGCUUCCUGUUCUCCCUCAUCCUGCUGGUCAUCAUGUUCCUAUGGCGACCGUCGGCCAGCAACCAGAGGUACGCCUUCAGCCCCCUGGUGGACGAGGAGAGCGAGGACGAGGAGAAGGAGCCCAUGAUGACCGAGGCCUUCGAGGGGAUGAAGAUGCGAGGCGCCAAGAACGAGACCAACGGCUCGGCCAAACCCAGCAAAGUGGACGAGGAUCUGAAAUGGGUGGAGGAGAACAUCCCGUCAUCCAUGGCAGACGUCGCCCUGCCGCCCCUGCUGGACUCGGAUGAGGAAACCGUGACGACCAAGUUUGAGAUGUCCAAGAUGGAGUGAAGCAGCAGAGGAGGAAUGAAGAGGAGGUGAUGAAGAUGAACUGAGGGAUGAAGAAGAGAUGGUGGAGGAGUUGAUGAAGAGGAGGGGGUGGUUCCAGACGCGUCCUGAGCUCCACUGGCGGUGAAGAAGUCGUCGCCGCGGCGACGCGGGUCCUUUUAUUUGUUGUUUUCACUGCGUCUCCGUGGUUCCGACCCGUGAACCGAGACGUGGUUUUUAUUUUUUACUUCCAGAAGUUUCUGCUGCAGCGGUGCAGCGGGUUUCCCUCUGCAGCGUUAGGGUUUCUGUCCGGUCCGGUUCCACGUUUGUCUUAUUUCUGAUCGGUGAGCGGCUCCAACCCCCCUGGCGUCGGGUUCUGGGACGUCUGAUGUGAGAAAACCGAGCUGGACGCCGUCGAGUCGCCGUCCGGCACCGUUUGUACCAGAACCGACCCGUCUCACGACUCGCCGAGUAAAAUAAAUGACCCACAAUUAAUUUCACCUUUACGAGGUCACCGGGUAAAAGAGUUGAAACCGGAGCUGCUGAUUAAAUGUUAAAUCUGUGACAUCAUUGUACGCUGGCCCGGCUCCACCCGGCUCUGCAAACGGAUCCCAGACCAACCCGUCUCAAGAUUCUGCCCGCUUUUGAAUUUACAACAAAUUAAAUAAAAAAAAAGAUACAUACGGGAUCUUUUCUAAAAUUGUAGCUUCUUUCUUUACUUUUUAAAGUCCUAAUAAAAUAAAAUGUUUGUUUUGUUUGUCUCGACCACAGAAAAGACUUCCUGGUGGGCGGGGCCUCGUCGGCCACUGACCAAUCAGAGCAGAGCUCAGCUUUCAGGACCCAGGUCGGUGUCACCAGGUACCGACCCGGUUACUGCCACGUUUAAACUUUACUGUUGUUACAUUAUCACACACAAACACGGGUUGGCGGUUCCGGUCGGGUCCAGACGCUCGUCAGUCGCUCGCUGUGAAAAGCUCCUAAUAAUCAGUCUGAAGGAAGAAGUGUGUUUUUCUUGUUGUUGAUGUUUUUUUGUAAACGUUUGAGAUUCGUGCCGGAGACAGAAGUUCUGUUUCACCUCUGGUUCUGUAGAACUCCGUCCUGUCGGGUCUGUAAAUAAAUUAAAUUAAUAAAAGGUUUGGAAAGUAA